AUGGGAGAUCAGCUUGGUGGAGGAGGCUGUGGAUCAGUGUUUGCUGGCUUCCGCAAAGCAGAUCUGUUUCCAGUGGCGAUCAAGCACAUACCGCAGGCAAAUCUUUUCUGCAAACACGUGGUAAGUGGCCAACACCGACUACUCCACUGUGGCUUUCACCUCACUCACUGUCUGAAUUCCCUGAAUGGAAAGAGGUUCCCUACAGAGGUGGCCAUAAUGCUGAAACUAACGGCAGAGAAAAAUGACUUUGUGGGGACGUCAGCACCAGUAUCAUUACUGGACUGGUAUGACCUGGGCCAUGAGUUGAUAGUGGUGAUGGAGAGACCUGUCCCUGCCAUUGACCUAUCCACAUAUAUAUUGCUCAAAAAAGGCUCUCUACAGGAGUCUAAUGCCAAGACCAUAAUGAAGCAGCUGGUGGUCGCAGCCAUUGGGCUGGAGCAGAACGGAGUCUUUCACCGGGACAUCAAACCCGAAAAUAUCCUGAUUGAGACUGGCCGACGUAUCCCACGGGUUCGCCUCAUUGAUUUUGGGCUGAGCUGCCUCGUGAAGAAAGGCUCAUAUUACACUGUAUUCUAUGGCACUGAAAGGUACGCCACUCCAGAGUUUUGCAGCUCUUCUGUCUACAGGGCUGGUCCAAGCACAGUGUGGCAGCUUGGCGCAGUUCUGUAUGAGAUGCUCCACAAUCAGGGAUUCAUCACCAAACGCUUCCUCAGAAAACAACUGAAAAUCAGCGGCGGACUCUGCCAAAACCUCAAGGAUUUCCUCCAGCUGUGUUUGGAGGAGGACCCUAAAAUGCGUCCCACCCUGAGAGAGCUGCAGCUUCACCAGUGGCUGAAAUAA